GCAGCCUAAAAUGAAAGAAGGGAGUUAAAAACAAGUUGGAAAACAAAACAUGACAGUGGGAAAUCUGCUAGGAAAAACAAUAUCUAGGAAAAUACACUAAUCUACUAAUGAAUUAUUUGAAAAAUACUGGGAUAAGUGAAAGAAUUUAAUAGAAAUAUAUAGGUUUUUUCUCUCUCGUUUCCUUCCUAUAUAUCAAGCAACUGCCCAUACUCCAGUGCAGUAGGUGGCGGUAAUUGCAUCUUUACUUUGGUUUGCCAACCGCCAAUAAAAUUAAACGAAGAAGACCCUUUAGGCGCGGGAGGGCGAAGGCUACAAACAACAUGGAAGAAGACAUGCGGAAAACGGAUAGUUUUGUUGCGAAUUUUUUUUAACGCUUUACAGUCAUUUCACAAAUUAAAACGUAACAAGAUGGAAUACAGCUAUGUUUGAGCAGGAAAUAACUUGUCUCUAGUAUUUCAAACAAUUAGAACUUAAGGAUUUAAUGAAACGGAACCUGUUAAAGAGGAUUUGAGUGUAUCAACCGAAGAGCAGCAUGAACCGCAAGAAAGACAAGGGUUUUGAGAGCCCACGACCAUAUAAACUAACCCAUCAGGUAGUCUGCAUCAACAACAUCAAGUCUUUUUUCAGAGAUAAGUCUGUCAUUGGUUAUGUGGAGCUGACCAUCUUUCCAACAGUGAUGAACUUGAACCGUAUUAAGUUGGAAGCAAGCAGUGCCCGUAUCUACAGGGUGAGAGUGAAUGAUCUUGAGGGGCUCCAUUCAUUUACAAACGACCCCACACUGGAGGUCUGCCAUCAUGAAUCCAAGCAGAGGAACCUGAACUAUUUCUCCAGUGCUUACACAGCAGCUGUUAGUGCUGUAGAUCCAGAUGCUGGAAAUGGGGAACUUUCCAUUAAAGUUCCUUCUGAGCUCUGGAAACAAGGAGAUGAGAUGAAAGUUAUGAAGGUGUACAUUGAAUUUUCAUUGGACCAGCCAAAGGGGGGUUUGCAUUUUGUAGUACCUGAUGUGGACGGAAGUAUGGCAGAAAGAGCAGCUCAUGUUUUCUCCUUUGGCAACCAGAAUUCCACACGUUUCUGGUUUCCAUGUGUAGACUCAUACUCUGAGCUGUGCACAUGGAAGCUGGAGUUCACAGUGGAUGCCUCCAUGGUGGCAGUGUCCUGUGGGGAUCUAGUGGAAACAGUCUAUACCCACGACAUGCGCAAGAAAACCUUUCACUACAUGCUGCCCAUUCCCACUGCAGCCCCUAACAUUUCCUUGGCUGUGGGGCCCUUCGAGAUUCUUGUGGACCCCUACAUGCAUGAGGUGACUCAUUUUUGCCUGCCUCAGCUUCUGCCCUUGCUGAAGCAGACCAUGUCCUACCUGCAUGAGAUUUUUGAGUUCUAUGAGGAGAUCCUCACCUGUCGCUACCCUUAUUCUUGCUUCAAGACUGUCUUUGUGGAUGAGGCUUAUGUGCAGGUCUCAUCGUAUGCAUCCAUGAGUAUUUUCAGUACCAACCUCCUGCACAGUGGCAUGAUCAUAGAUCAGACUCCCGUGACCAGGCGCUGUCUGGCUCAAGCUCUGGCCCAGCAGUUUUUUGGAUGCUUCAUCUCUAGGAUGUCCUGGUCUGAUGAGUGGGUUUUGAAGGGAAUUUCUGGAUACAUUUAUGGCCUCUACUUGAAGAAAACCUUUGGAGUCAAUGAGUAUCGUCACUGGAUUAAGGAGGAACUGGACAAGAUUGUGGAGUAUGAGCUAAAGAUGGGUGGAGUCCUGCUACAUCCCACCUUCUCUGGAGGAAAAGAAAAAGACAAUCCAACGCCCCACCUGCACUUUUCCAUCAGACACCCCCACACAUUGUCCUGGGAAUAUUACAAGAUGUUCCAGUGCAAAGCCCACCUGGUCAUGAGGCUCAUUGAAAACAGAAUUAGCAUGGAGUUCAUGUUACAGGUGUUUAACAAGCUCUUAAGUUUGGCCAGCACAGCAUCAUCCCAGAAGUAUCAGUCUCACAUGUGGAGCCAGAUGCUGGUGUCCACCUCUGGAUUCCUCAAAUCCAUUUCCAACGUGUCAGGGAAGGACAUCGGACCCCUCAUAAAGCAAUGGGUAGACCAGAGUGGGGUGGUAAAAUUUUUUGGAAGUUUUGCCUUCAACAGGAAAAGAAAUGUCUUGGAACUUGAGAUCCGUCAGGACUACACGUCAUCUGGCACACAGAAAUAUGUGGGCCCUAUUAAAGUGACAGUGCAGGAACUGGAUGGGUCAUUUAACCACACAUUACAGAUAGAGGAGAACAGUCUCAAACAUGACAUUCCCUGCCACUCCAAAAGCAGAAGGAACAAGAAGAAGAAAAUCCCUUUGAUGAAUGGAGAGGAAGUUGACAUGGACUUGUCAGCCAUGGAUGCUGACUCUCCUCUGCUGUGGAUUCGAAUUGAUCCGGACAUGUCCAUCCUACGGAAGGUGGAGUUUGAACAGGCCGAUUUCAUGUGGCAGUACCAGUUGCGGUUUGAGAGGGAUGUGGUGGCCCAGGAGGAGGCUAUCUCGGCGCUGGAAAUAUUUCCCACACCGGCCUCGCGACUUGCUCUCACUGAUAUUUUAGAACAAGACCAGUGCUUUUAUAAAGUCCGCAUACAGGCCUGCUUUUGUCUGGCUAAGAUUGCUAAUUCCAUGAUGAGCACCUGGACUGGACCCCCAGCCAUGAAGUCUCUUUUUACACGCAUGUUCUGCUGCAAAAGCUGCCCGAAUAUUGUCAAAACCAACAACUUCAUCAAUUUUCAGAGCUACUUCCUGCAAAAGACUAUGCCUGUGGCCAUGGCUCUGCUCAGAGAUGUUCAGAACCUUUGUCCCAAAGAGGUCCUCAACUUUAUACUGGACCUCAUCAAAUACAAUGACAACAGGAAGAACAAGUUUUCUGAUAAUUACUAUCGUGCUGAGCUGAUUGAUGCCCUGACAAAUUCACUGACCCCUGCCAUCAGCAUUAAUAACGAGGUGCGCACAGUGGACAACUUAAACACAGAUGUUCGCCUGAUCUUGGAGGAAAUCACACGCUUUCUUAACAUGGAAAAACUGCUGCCGAGCUACCGUAACACCAUAACUGUCAGUUGCUUACGGGCCAUCCGCAUGCUACAGAAGAACGGCCACAUCCCCAGUGACCCCAGCCUGUUCAAGUCCUACGCUCAGUAUGGCCACUUUGUGGAUGUGAGGAUUGCUGCACUGGAAGCUGUAAUAGACUAUACCAGAGUUGAUAGGAGUUCCAGUGAACUGCAGUGGCUUUUGGAUCUGGUACAGAAUGAUCCAGUCCAUUACAUAAGGCAUGAGAUUCUCAGCAUGCUUGCCAAGAAUCCACCUUUCACCAAAGCAGCGGAUUCCUUGUUGUGUAAUGAAGCUUUAGUGGACCAACUAUGGAAGCUGAUGAACUCAGGUACAUGUCAUGACUGGCGUUUGCGAUGUGAUGCAGUGAAUCUGUAUUACACUCUGUUUGGGCUGACCCGACCCUCCUGUCUGCCACUGCCUGAGUUGGGUCUUGUGCUUAACCUGAAGGAGAAGAAAGCAGUUCUCAACCCCACCAUCAAAUCUGAGCAGGGCCCUGGAGGCCCAGAGGUGACCACAACCAUGGCCUUUACCAGCACUCUGGAGGAGGAGCAUGUUGUCAUGGAGCCAGCAUUGAGUGGUGUGGCCAUGGCCCCACAGGGUUUAAAGAGGAAGGCAGAGACUCCAUUAGGCUCAUCCCCUGAACCCGGACAAGUUAUGCAAGAGGAGCCCAGUGCUAAAGCAUCUGUUAAAAGCAAAUUUCCCACCCAGGAGGAGGAAGAUAUUGAUAUGGACACAGUUCAUGACAGCCAGGCAUUCAUCUACCACCACCUGAACAUGUUGGAGAGACCCUCAACUCCAGGUAAAGAACCAUCUUCAGUGGAGCAAGCAAUGUUGUCCAUGCCAGGAACACCAAUGCCCACACUGAGCAAAGAGAGCACAUCCUCUAAACACGGAGAUCACCACCACCACCAUCAUCAUCAUGAGCACAAGAAGAAGAAGAAGAAGCACAAACAUAAACACAAACACAAACACAAGCAUGAGAGUAAAGAUAAAGACAGAGACUCUCACGCCUUUAGUAACAGCCCUGCCAGUGGCCGCUCCAUUCGUUCUCCAUCUCUGUCUGACUGAUAAUGUUAGCAGCCAACGAAAGUAAUCUGAACUAACAUUAAGAUACACAUUGUUUUAAGCAUUUCUGAUGUUUUUGUUCUGUUUAUUGUUUUACAAAUUAUUCAGAGCUGUAAAGACAUUGUGAUAGCAUCCAAUGUGUAAUAUGUCAGUGUUUAAAUGAAAAGUUCAUUCGAAAAUCAUUUUUAAAUUUAAAUAAUUGAUUAAAGAAUUUGUACAGUACACAAGAAGAAAAAAAUUGUUCUGCAAUAUCAUCUGACCACACAUAAAGCUGCUUGGUUUGUGGCCUCUUAACAGCAAACACACACAUUCACAUCCUCUCAUCAUCCUGGACCACUGGGGUUGCUUCCUGCCACUGAAUCUCAAGAUAAAUUUAAACAUUCUGUAAGUACUUUAAUGAGGGAACAUUUCACACUGUGGGCUCCAUGGGCAACUUGGCUUGAGAAAUCUUUUAAAUAGGUGCUUCGUUUGCUACUUUUAAUUGUGAAGGGUCAGUUGAAUAUAUAGUAGAGAAUCUAGUACUUUUUUUUUUUUUUUUUUUUAAUGGAACAUUACUGUUCUUUUGAAAAUAUACUAAUUUGAGCCAUAAAUCAUUUUUUACCUACUUUUGUGUUUGUUGUCUUCAUUGUAGAAAUUUUACUAGGGAUUUAUUUUUUAAUGUUUUGUUUGCAUAAAUCCAUAAAGAAAUUGUUUUUUUUUUUAUCAUUUUGUUUUUGUUACCACAAAAAAAACUUUGUUCCUAGUGUAUGUUCGAGUUUGAGCUUCAGUUUCCAAACUAGAACUAAAGUUAGAUGAAUAGGUUAAAAAAUGUUAUUGUUCAUUAUUUCUCAGAUUAACAUGCUUGCACAUAUGUUUGCUUGUGGUGUGGGGCAAUCUGUCUAGUGAAUACCAGAAAACUAAUAUAGAUGAUCAAAUGGACGUAGUGUUGUUUGCUGUGAGCUUAUAGAAAUUGGCGUUUGCCAAGCACAUUAUGAAUACCCUGUUAUUAAAGUGAUAGUUCAUUGAAAAAUGUAUAUUCUGUUGUCAUUUACUUGCAUUUAAAUCUGCCAAACCUGUAUCAGUUUCUUAUGUUGAACACAAAAGAUAUUUGAGAAAAUAUGCAUAACCAAACAGUUGUGGGUCCCCACUGAUUUCCAUAGUAUUGAGAAAAAAGAAAAAAAAAAUACCAAUACAGAAGUCAAUGGGAGGUCCGGUUUGGUUACCCACGUCCUUCAAAAUCUUCUCUUUUGUGUUCAACAGAAGAUAGAAACUUCUGCAGACUUGAGGGUGAGUUACAAUUCCCUUUUUAGGUGUACUAUUCCUUUAAGAACAAAAGCCAAAAUAAAAUACUGACCUAUUUUCCUAGAUAGCCAAAAUGUUAUUUCUUCCCUUUCAUUGUGAUUAAGUUUUGUGUAUUAGUGGUCUCUGUACAAAAAUCAGUUACCACUUUUUGGUUCUUUGUGGAGUUUCAUAAGUAGUAUGGAUAACCCAGAUGUACACUUUAUACCUUGCAUUUGCAUUUGUAUUUGUAUUUGUAUUGACUUCCAUCUGUUCUGUUGUGAUCUACUUUGAUUGUUUGGAGUCCUAGACGCCACUAUGACAUAGUUUUACUACUAUUAUUAACUAUUAUUUUCCAUUUCAAAUGUUUAAAAUCUUUUCUGACCUAACUGCAACACAGCAGGCAUACAGUUGAAGGUUUUACCAAUUUUGGCCCCAACAAAAACAUGUUACUAAAUACAAAUGCAAACAGACAACUGGUACUGCUACUGUCUGAAAUCCAAUAAAGAAAUCUUACUAUUAAACAUUCAU